AUGGCAGCGCACCUUUUGUUCAAGUUAGCCCAGUUCAGAGAAAACGGAGACUUCAUUGACGUUCGUCUGAAGGUAGAUACGUCCAUCUUUCCUGCUCACCGUAAUGUUCUCGCUGCUAAUAGCGACUAUUUCCAUGCAAUGUUUACCAACGGAAUGAAGGAAUCAAACCAGGAAGUGAUUGAGCUCAAAGAUGAAAACAUUUCAGCACUGGGUUUUAAGGUCGUAAUGGAUUCCAUCUACAGCGGAAAACUCCUUGUUAACAAGGAAAACGUGUUUGAAGUUCUCACAACUGCCAACCAUCUUCAGAUGGCAAUCAUAGUUCGCCUGUGUUGUGAUUUCUUGGACAAAGAAUACAUUCAAGGUGGCAUUGACGUUCAGACAUAUCUCCAUCUUCUUGAAUUUGCUGAUUUGCACGAUCUGAGAGACCUAAAGGAAGCUGUACAACGUAAGAUGGCGUCGUUGUACCGGGAGGUCUGUGAAACUGAAGAGUUCUUGUCCCAUAUUAGCGCUGAUCACUUGUUGAAUCUUCUCAGUCGAGAUGACCUCAAUGCUCCUUCAGAGAACUUCGUCUUCAAAUCCGUGAUGCAGUGGAUCAAACACAAGAAGGAAGAGAGGAUGCCAGUCGCUGCUAAAGUUAUCGGAGCGGUUCGUUUGGGGAUGGUCGACACCAAGGAUGUAGUUGAAGAACUGAACACAGAGGAGAUGCAGCGAGUGCCAGAGAUUCAAAUUCUUAUGUGUCAGAAACUGCUGCAUAGCAAAAUGCCUUCGCCCAACUCAAAAUUUGCUCUCGAGAAAACAAGGCCACGUUCAAUGAUCCCGGUAAGUACAACACAACUUCCUACCUAAACAAGCUUUCGAUCGUGACUAAGUAUUGCGUGGGUAACUGGUUGAAACAAAUGAAGUUAUCCUCUGUGCAAGCGCAUGGUUCCUUAAUCCUCAUCAUCAGGCUUUUUCUGCUGUGCUUCGCAUAAAUUAUCACAUUGCAGGUCGAUUCGCUUCCUUGCUGAAAUUAAGAUCAUUCUGCAAUAUCAAAAGGAACUAAAAGGUACUUCCAAAGAAAGCUGUCACCUGACGUGUCUUUGCACAGGUAGCCCAAUCUCGCGAGUGAAGAUUUGCUUUGAAAAUGCUUCUGGUAAUUGGUUCUUCUGAUUCUUCACUCCAGAGUUAAUUUCCUGCUCCAUCAUGUGUGUCUAAUGCUACAUGUUAGAGAUUCACAUUUACGGAAAACGGCAAAUUCAAGUUGACACAUUCUCGUACUUGGGAAUGAAAUAAUUCUUACCCUGGAUGAAUCUGACACGGGGUUGCUACUGUUUGCAUGAAAAUAACAAACAGUAAACGACAAGAGAAAACUUUGCCUCUUGGUAAAAGUUAGCCGAAAUUAAUUAAUUUUUCUGAUAAAUUGACCUUGUUUGGCUUAAAAAAUUCACAUUUCUGAUAAGUGACGUUCAUGUACCGGGUAGCUUUUCGUCGUUGGCACAAAAACCCUAUUCGGUAUAGUGUGAAGUCCAAACUACUAUCUUCGUGAUCAUGCAUUCUACUGGACACCACAUGUAUGAGUAACAAAUUUUUGCAAAUAUUGUUGUUUUUUGAAUUUCUUUCAAAACAAAAUCAAAACACCCUCGUUUCCCAGUUUAAGAAUAAAUUGUUUCGUGUUUCGCGUAUCGUUUAAUGCCAGGCAAUCGAAAUUGUCUCGCAUAUUUGGUGAAAAGAACGAGGUAUAUUCAUGUUCUUUUGUUAGUUGCUUAUGCGGUAGACUAAUUGUUUCGUAUUUCGCGUAUCGUUAAAUGUCAGUUACAUUUGGGUGUCCGGAAAACUAAGACCUAAGGCCUAAGACCCGGAAAACUAGGACCCUGGAAAACUAAGACCCUAGAAAACUUAGACCAGGAAAACUAAGACCCAUAAAACCCGGAUUGUAAACAUGAGAAAGUGUGACUAAGGAGGAUGAGAAUCAGGCAGAUCCAACAUGGCAGUUAUUCAACGAACUGACACGCACGAGGGAAUUCCAGCACUGUGGCACUAUUAAAGAGAUACUAGCCACAAUUAAAGACUCGGAAAACUAAGACUCUCGAAAACUAAGACCUGGAAAACUAAGACCCGGAAAACUUUAGACUGCUUUUCUGAAAUGCUGCGUCAAAAAAGUGUGUGGGUGCCUAGGCUGUAUUGCAGGCGUAUUUAUCGACAUCGAUCGUGCAAAAUGUCUGCCCGACCUUUGUUAUAUAUUUUAAAUUUUAGGGACUAAAUGUCUAUCAUUAAAGAACGAGGUAUAUUACAUGUACAGUAGUGUACUUGUUUCGUUUUAUAUGGAUUGACGAUGGAGGUAUAUCACUAAUUAUGUGUGCUUGUUUCGCUUCAGUGAACUGCGGACUGAGAACCGCGGUAGCCAGAGUUCUUGGGGAAUAUUCCAGUGGCCAGAACAGUUCAGUUCCGGGUUUUAGUUUUCCGGGUGUUAGGUCUUAGGUCUUAGUUUUCCGGACACCCGUUACAUUUAAUGUUGACUGCGUGACUGCGGACCGCGGUAGCAGCUCCCGAAGAGACUGCGUGUGUGUAGGUAAAUUGGUGACUGCCGACCGCGGUAGCAGCUCGUAACGAUUAACGACUAAGUGGACGGAUAUUCUAGAAUCUAGCCACGUGCUUACCUGCAUCGAUGUUAAGUUCAUCUUCGAUAGUGUACGUUUAGGUUUGUCCAGCUCCGCAAAUAUUCUCCAAAUAGCAGAUGUCGCCCUCCGAGUUGUCUUCUUGCUGUUUGCCAUGUUUUUAGCUAUUAUUUCGCCUAGUUCCAGCUGUAGUUCUUACUCUUGAAACGAGUGAAAUGUCCGCCGUUUUUUUUUUUUCUCAACCAAAACAACUCAACCUCGUCCUCAGGUCUUCUCUGUAACGGUGCGUUAACCCGUAGCGGGCUGCAUUUUUGACAUCAUUUCCUCGUAAGACACAAAAUUCUUCCAAAUUUGGUCAUCAGUAAGUAGUUAUGGUGAAUUAUGCCUGUGCUUUUAGCCAAUCGGAAUUAUCAUUAUUCAUUCAAAAUAUUUCCCCAAUUCUGAUUGGCCAAAAGCACACGCAUAAUUCACCAUAACCAGUUACUGAUGACCAAAUUUGGAAGAAUUUUGUAUUUACCGAGGAAAUGACGUCAAAAAUGCAGCCCGCUACAGGUUAGUGCACUGUUAACGGAGAAGACCUUGGGACGAGGUUGAGUUGUUUUGGUUGUGAAAGCAAAAAUGCGGACACUUCACAAGUUUCAAGAGUAAGAACUACAGCUGGAACUAGGCGAAAUAAUGGCUAAAAUCAUAGCAAAGCAGCAAAAAGACAACUCGGAGGGCGACAUCUUCUGUUUGGAGAAUAUUUGCGGAGCUGAAUAACCCAAAACGUGAACUAUCAAAGAUGAACUUAACAACGAUGAAUAGAUGGAGGUAAGCAUGUUUUAGCCAUGUUUUUGAACUAGGAAUUAUUUUAAAUGAAUAAAAAAACAAUUAUUGAAUUCGGCUUUCGUAUCAUGAUCAUAUGAAGAAUUAUGGAGAUCGAGGAGGGUGUUAUCCGGCCGUCGAGGCCGUAGGCCGAGGCGGAUAACAGCCUGCGAGAUCUCCAUAAUUCUUCAAAAGAUACUCAGCCUCAUUCAUUAAUUGUUAAUUAUAUUAUUUUUUACAAAGGAUGAUCCAAAAAAAGGAAAUUUGGAAAUUUUCUAGCGUUUCGGGUUUGACCUCUUUCAUCAGUUUAAUGCUAUUUUUGCUGAUCGUUUCAUUUCAGGUACUUGUAGCAGUUUUCCGCGAUCAGUCUACUCCGCAGAAGAGGGGAGAUUCCGUUGUCACUGAAAUGAAGUAUUUUGAUACCGAAACAAAAUCAUGGAAACCGUUUCCUUCCAUGGCACGAUUGGUUCAUGCAACUCAAUGUGUUUGUGCAGAGGUUGUUGGCAAUUACUUGUACUUAGCUGUAAUAGAGGGGGACUCUUGUAGUCAUGUUAUGUAUCGUUAUCACAUGGUUAGAAAUGUGUGGGAAAGACUCCCACAUUUUCAGAACAAUGAGUGCUUCCGUGUAGGUUGUAUGAGUUCAGUCAAUGAAUAUAUAUAUGUAUUUAGUGACACAGGUCUGCCUCAGAAAUCUAGUUUGGCUCAGAAUGAUUGGCAAAGUGGUUCCCAAUUGCCUUUUUUGAACAAAGCGGAAAAAUUAGUACUUGCCACGGCAGUCAGUAUGGGAUCUAAAAUAUAUGUUCUCCAUGGAUGUUACAAAGAAAAUAGGCAGGAUCCGUCCUAUCCUGCCUUACCUAAGGUAAUUGUAAAAUCAGCCGUUGUUCACGUUUUUGACCCUUUGAGGAAUGAAUGGGAGCAAAAGGCUUCAACCAAGUAUCCUCAUUUUAAUUCCAGUCUGUUUGUAGAUCAGAACAAUCUUUAUGUGGCUGGUGGAAGUGUUGCUAUUUGUGAAAUGUUUCUGAGGCUUAGAGUACAGCCUUCAGGUGGCGAUGCACCUGUCGAAGUUUAUAAUGGGGAAAGCAACUCAUGGAGUGUCGUUCAACAAAACCACAUUCCUUCAAACAAACUCGGUGCAGUGGAACUGUUGGGAGGGAAGGUUUAUUUCAUCAUCAACAAAUUUCCAAUUGACAGUGGCAUUAGAAUAGCACCAAAUGAAGUGUACAAAAUAUCUUUACGGGAGUGGGAAAAUUCACUGGAACAAAUUUCUCAUACUGCUGUCUUGUGUUACCUAUCAGUAAACAAAGAGAUGUUAAGCACAGUACAGGCCGCAGCGAGGUGCUCCGCGGUAGCAUGGAAAAGUAACCUCUUAUCGAAUUAG